AUGAUUUUGAGGAAUUUGGGAAGGAAUUACCCUAAUUUCUUAAUAAGAAACAGCAGUUACAGAUUGACACAGCACGCAAACCACUACACUAAGAGUAAAUACGAAGGAACUGGGUUCCGCAAAUUUCUUGGACCCUUUUGGGUUUAUGCAACUCCCGGAUUUUUACACAACUACGCACUCAUAACGGGGUUUUUUGUACUGCUGUAUUAUCCCCUGGACCCGUUUCUAUUGAAAGUGAGGAAGCUGAAGGCGGAAAUGGAUGCUAAGGUCGGAAGCUAA